CUCCUACCGUGUGAGUUUCCUCUGAUCAACUGUCGGCAUCUUAUCCACCGCACUCUGACGUCCCUGGCUGCGUGAGUCAGGACACUACAGGAGGAAAUCCCCACGGCAGACAGACACACAGAGAGAGAGAGGCCCCUUUAAAUCCACGCAGCUUGUUUCCUCCUCCUUGGUGAGGUUCCAGGAACAGCAGAGAAGCAGAAGCAGAGAUCUGCGGUAAACAACAACAACAACAACCCGGCGGCUCUCAGUGGCAAUCUGACGGAUUCAGCCUUUAAACUGCGGCAUCUGGAAAGACACGGCUGUGAGGACUUUUCCUGCUCUUAUUUCCAUCAUUUCGGCGUGUUUUUAUUGUUGUUUCUACACGUUGAGAAGCAUUGCGGAAGUGUGAGAGGCGACGUCUACGCUCUGGUCUGCGGUGACACCUAGCGGCGGAGAAGGAGAAGUGCAGCAUGUACGGAGCGUCAGGAAUCCCGGAGCUGAUCCCUCACAGCGGGCCUCCCCGGCAGCCCGGCCCCGCUGGGCAGUUCAACCCGGGCCACCCGCAGGGGGACGCACACGACGGCGGCCCGAAUCCCCAGAGGCUGGGACAGAGAGCACCGAAACUGGGUCAGAUUGGUCGCUCCAAAAAAGUGGACCUGGAUGAUGAAGACCUGGACGACCUCAUGAACAACAACGGCCAGUGCCCCGUCUCUCUGUCACCAAUCUCCUAACUUCUCAGAAGUGCCAAAAAAAACACCCCAGAACAGAAACCCUCUUCCCAUCAGCGCUCUUGGUCCCGAGUGUCCUCCUAGAGCUCCUGAUGGCUCCACGCCGGCUCAUUUAGUGCUGGCCGAAGCCUCCCUCCUCCUUAGGGGGGCCCUGAUUGUACAUAUUAUGUAUCUAACUGCGCUCAGACUGUGAAUGAAUCGUACUGCGUCUCUCUCUGUACCUCUGUAGGUUAUGGGCUGUCAGGAUUUGAAGGUUUUUUUAAAAAAAAAACACAACUUUCUGAAAAAGGGCUUCAUUGCUGCUGUUACACCUGACGUAGAUGGCAGAUGAUCAGCCGGAUAUGUCAGACGACGGUUACUGAUUCUCCGCAGGUUUGUCGUGUGAAGGAACAUGAGCCUGUUAAUGUGUAUCACCCAGGGGAAAGUAUAAGCUUUGAUUGCGUCACACGGGCACAGAUCAGAACAGUGUAGCUAUUCUGCACUGAGGGAAAGCUCGCUACUUAAACUGAGAAGACUACUGCAAAUUAUUUAUUGUUUAGAGAAAAAUAUAAAUAUAUUUUGUUGUCCUUACUACUUUUUUUUUCUUUCUUUUUCUUUUGUACAUUGUCAUCCAACGAUGAGAUUAAUGACGUUUCUCAGUGGUGCACUUUGUGGGAAUGCCUGUCAUGUGCUGUAACGUCGCAGAAACCAAUGCAUGAGGUCUGUGCAAGCAUCCAACCUGUUAUCCUGUGAUUUAAGGGCUACGUAGUAGUUUUCCUAAACCAAAACACUGUUUUUGCAGAGCUUGUUUGUCUCCCCAGCUGCAGACUCAGCAGGAAAAGUUGUCACAAUCAGCAAAUUUUUUGCACUUUAUUUUUUUUUUUUCUCUCUCUUUACAUUUAAGGCAAAUAGCCACGAAUAAUAAAUCAGAUUUUAUUGCUAAAGGAAUUCUGAUUCGCAUGCUCGAAGCUUAUGUGUUAUUUAUGGAGUCGUAUUUUGUUUUUGUCACAGCUUCUUUCAAAGUCAGGCACAUUAUUUAAAGCUUGUAAUUAUCGAAUAAGAUCAUUGAAAAGCGGCAGCUCUGAUUGGCCGUUACAGCGAAGGCAAUCUAACAUGUUUUUUUGGGGGGGGAUUUUCCAGUGGAAUAAGACGUAAUGGGGCUUUAAAGGCUCGUGGUUGCGGUCGUGGUUCACUGCUGGUGGCUGUUUCACGCAGCGCCGCAUUUCACAGCUCGGUCUCGGACUCUCAGACCGGCGUUGAGGUUGCCUUUUGCAUGAAAGUAAUCAACUUUUCAUGAUACUUCUCUGGAAAUAAAAGUGUGAAUCCUUA